AUGGAGUGUGUUUUAAGUGUGCACAUAGUCCGCUCGCUGGCGCCGCCGCCGCCCGCGCGCGCCCCCGCCCCCGCGCGCCUCCUCGCCCCCGCUCCGCCCCCCGCCCCCGCGCCCCUCGCCGCUCCGCUGCUGGGCGCGCCGCCCCCGCUGCGCCCGGAGCCCUGGCUGCCGCGCCCCUUCGACUACCAGCACCCGGUGCGCCCCCUCGCCCCGCCCCCCGCCUCGCUCGGCGCAGACCUCAACCAGGAGACCCGGGCCAAGAAGUUCAGCGCCACGCGCUCCCCGUCCUUGGAGAAGGACGACCGGAGCCCGUUCCCACUAAGUGCUAAAUCUAGUGACAGUGACGUGUUCGGUUUUGACGACGUGGCAGUGACGGCCAUGAGCGGCCCCGGUGGUGACCCCGACGCGGGUUCGCCGACCAACUUACGGCGGUUUCGUUCCGUCAGUACUAGACUCAACAUGUGCAGCGUCAGUGAGUCCCCGCUGGACGGACACAAGGAGGUGCAAUCUCCCAAAAUAGUCGAGUGUAGUAGUGCUAAAGAGAAGUCCAACGUGUGCAAGUUUGACUUCUCCCCGCGUUUGUUAGGCGACAGCGGUUCCCCUCGUUUUUUCACUCCGCCUGAGACGGUGUCUCCGGUGUUCUUCCCGGCGGCGUCCCCGCGCUCCGCGUACUACGACUCGGUGCGGUCGCCGCGGUUCUUCCCCGACACGCCGCGCCCCGCGUCCCCCCGCGCCCCCGCCUCCCCCCGCGCCCCCGCGUCCCCCCGCGCGCUCGCCGACCACCAGAACAGAAACAACGGCCUCGGGGACAAACCCAACUCGCCGCGGAUAUUAAACAACAAGCCUAAAAGUCCGAAAGUGUACAGUUAUAAUAAAGAGAACUAUUUCACGUUCGAUAAUGUGGCGACGGAGGACAGUGCGUGUAGGUUGUCGCCGCGACCGAAGCGGUAUUUGGGGAGAAACUCCAUUGAGAAGGAGAAGUAUACGCCCCCAGUAGAUAAAGACGUCAGGAAGUACAGGCGGCAUAACAGCUGCGACACUAAUUAUAAAAACGUCGAUGUGAACGUGCUGAACAGCGAAAACAACAAUCGCGAUCUCGAAACUGAAAGUACCAAAGAUAAAAUAGACAAUGCAGAUGUGGAUGUGGUCGACUGUUGUGUUAUUCUGGACUCUGUGCGUUUGGAUUCCAUUGAGGACUCGGAAAAGACGGAACUGCUAACCCCGAGCCAUUCGAGCUCAGCACAGAUGAGGCGGCAAAGGCUCAAAUCCAUAUCCCUAGAUUCAGAUAAUGCCAAAAUCAUAGAGCAGAACUUAGGGCUGCCUAUAGCGAAACAAAUGAAGGAUCAGAUGAACGAAGCGUAUAAACAAGAGAGUGCUUCUUGCGAGAGCAUCGAGCGAUCGUAUCCGAAGUCCCCGACAGAGAGACCCGUGUUCAAAUUCGAAGGAGAACCAAAAGAGAAGACUCCUGAAGAAGACCCGAAAACGCCAGACCUGAAACAAAAGAAGUGCCUCAGGCAGAGCUCAGAUACACAGUCGUUCUUAGACAUGCCGAGGUUUUCACCGAAAGAAUUCGAGAUUACAGUGACUAGUGAAGAAGGAGACACCACAUCUGCAGAAGUAGAAUCUAAGAAGGAAAAGAAAGCAAAGAAAAACCUCCGAAACUUGACCAUCGAUUUGACGAAACGCGACACCGACCUCGAGAAAGAAUUGCUAGAAUUCGAGAAGUUAUACACCGACGCUGAAGAGAAAAAGGUUAAAACGCCAACACUGAAAGUUAAAGCAACCUCUUUGGACUCUUCAGAGUCCGUCAACCUUUCCCUCCCACAGAAGAAAACGCUAGAUGUGCCACAAAACUCCAUAUCCGUUCCUAACACACCAAAAAGACAGUUGAAACGAAUCUUAGCGCAGAAAAGUAACCAGAGUAAAAUGGGCUACGCGCAGUGUUCAGCUGACCAAAGACGCUUAUACAUGAAAGGUCAAGACAGUGGCAUAUUCCUGCGAGAGAACCACGCGAGCCUCAUGCUGUACCAGCCGGGCACGUCGCGCGGCUCCAGGACCAUGGGCUCCUUCGACGAGAACAUGGCCGAUGCAGACAAGCCAGAGAUCAGCGUCACUGGCUACCACCUCGACUCCACACAGACCCUCGGUUCGAACUUGCUGAACUACAAGCAGAAUCUGAGCGUCUCCAGCACAAACCUGAAGACGUUGCCGGAAGGAGUGCCGUCUGACGACUUCGAGCCGAGCGCGGAAGAAGAGAAGUUUGGCAAGAAGUUGCACAGGAGGAACUCCAACCAAAGCCUCAUGCUGAGUCUGGAUGGGAAGUACUCUACCCACAGUCUCCAAAGCUCUAAUUGCUCGUUGAGUAGCGCUGGAGUCUCUUGCCACAACCUGGCCUCGGUCAGGAAUAGCGUCUCCAACUUCAGUCUGAAUACCGACAACCGACAGAAGAAGCUGUCGUUAGAGAGACGAGACUCGAAUGCCUCUAUGAUGGUCAAUACAGAGCAUUUGACUCCAACGACCAGAGUCAUUUGCUCCUCAAACACAAACCUCUCCGGAGAGACGCAGAAUAAAAACUGUCUGCUUCAAAGGCGAGGGUCGAAUAAUAGCUUGACGCUAAAUAUUCUGUCUACGAAUAAUCUAAGUCGCCAUUCUAGUAACAGCUCCUUGAACAAGGAAGCGAAACCUGGGAUGAAGAAAGGUUUACUCGAGCGUAGAAGUUCAAAUACAUCUCUCACGCUAAACAUUAACAACUCCAACCCACAAUUAUCCGUGAAUCGUGGCCUCAGCAUAUCUAACUACAAUCUGAAUGGUUCCACCUGCAACCUGAGCCGCUAUAACAGCAACCACAGCAUCGACAACCCCGCGCCGGAACCCAAAAAGGGCAUCUUAGAACGACGAAGCUCCAACACAUCCCUAACUUUAAACAUAAGCGGCGCGCAAGAGCCUCGAGACAUAGAGAUAGACGAAAACCUAAUAGACAGUAACCUGAAAGAACUUCAGCAACCGAAACACCGGAAGUCUUUGAGUACGGAAAACUUGAUCCCCAAAUCGUACAAAAGCCGCAUGAGACUUGUGAGUAACGACAGCAAAUGCACGGGCUUCGGCUCCCACGACAACCUGUGGUCCACUUCCUAUAUCGAGCCAGAGAACUGUCCUCAAAACUUGACUUACGUGUGUGGGGACCAGGACAAUGAGCUCAUCUACGCUUUCGGCGCUUCAAGUACCGAUCCGAACUACCAACAAGGCUUCACUCGCAACAUAACAACCAAGCCUUUAUCCCCGCAAACCACGUCAGAAGACUUCCGUCUAUAUCUGGCCAACAUGCAGCACCUACAGAACGCUUCAAGCGUGCUAUCCAGACAGCAGUUACGGGACUUAAACGACGUAUUCCAAAACGGCUACUCUAAAGUCAAAUGCCACAGUCUACCGGACGGGCAGCCCUGCUGCUCCGGUACGGUUAAAGAGUCAGACCUCUCGAAAGACAACCCUCAAAUGGAGAUCCCAGAGCCAGCCAUCCCCCUUCCUUGUUCUGAAUACCAGAAGAAGUUACUAAGGAGUCUUCACCAGGAGUUCUGGGAUAUGCCGACCAAUUUCCAAGAGAAGCCGAUAGUGUCUGGGUCCAACUCCAAGAAUAGAUACAAGACCAUCCUGCCGAAUGAACAUUCAAGGUUCAUUCUGAAAGAUGACGGCGCCGCCGCUGAGGCGUAUAUCAAUGCCAAUUUUAUCAAGGGGCACGAGUACACAAAGAACAGCUACAUCGCGACCCAGGGACCCCUCCAGAACACAAUCUACGACUUCUGGCUGAUGGUGUACCAGAACCAGGCCGCCUUCCGAGCCAGCAAACCCCCAGACCCCGCCGCCUGCUGCUACGGGGUGCAAAAAGUCGUCAUGCUCACAAACUUCAUAGAGAACAACAGGCAGAAGUGCGAAAAGUACUUCCCGCUUGACCUAAACGAAGAGGUCACCUUCGAAAGCCCCGAUCCUACAGACACAACCACCUUCUUCGAUGAAUCUGUUACGGAUGAACCUAAGAACAGCUUUAGGAUUAAAAACAACGGGGUUAUUACCAAGUCUGGGUAUACGAUACGCAAACUCGAAGUGACUUACAUUAGGCAAGUGAAGUGCGCGAGUGAAACAGACAGUGUGAUUGUGCACCACUACUGGUUCCACAACUGGGCCGACCACAAGUGUCCUAAAGACGUGAACGCGUUGUUGAACCUCAGUCUGGAUAUAAUGAAGGAUUCCAACAACGAUUUCAGCCAAAGAAGUGAUGUGGUGGACGAAUUAUGCAAGUGUGCGGACAGCCCGCAGCCUAAUCCAAAGUUUUUGUUUCCCCCGGUCGAUGAUAUGCAGAGCCCUUGUGACGUUCAAGUUAAUUUCUCCGCUCCUUUAGACUUUUCGAAUGAGAGUCUUUCGCCUCCAACUAUAAUCCACUGUUCAGCGGGUAUAGGAAGGACUGGAUGCCUAAUCGCCAUUCUAAACGGCAUCAAACAGUUGACGAACGAACAGAAAGUGGAUGUGCUAGGCAUAGUGUGUAAUAUGCGGCUAAAUCGCGGAGGCAUGGUGCAGAACUCUGAACAGUACGAGCUGAUCCACAAAGUGCUGUGUGUGUUCGAACAAGCCUGCUUGCCUGGGUUAUAGUGCACGUGAGAAUUUACAAAUAAUUUUUAACUGCUCAUGGCAAAGUUUUUUUUAAUGUGGCAAAACUGGCAAAGCUUAUUUCGAUGUUGGCAACAUUUUAUUAGAAUCCACACUAUAGUCCAGAUAAUCUAGUCUGCCGAGCGUGGAGGUUAGUGGAGGUAUGUUCUGUGAUGUCCACGCUUGGCAGGCAAGUUGGAGUAUACUUUAUACAAAUAUAACGUAUUUCAGUAAUACCAAAAAUAAUUCUGAUAUUUAUUUACCUGUCCUUCUGGGUCAGUGAAUUAAGCUUUGCCGUUUAUAAAUGUGCGUGUGUCGUUAUUGUUAAGAUAGGGCUGUCAGAAAGCUUUGUGAAACAAAUAGAACUUAACAAAAUAACAGGAUUUUAGCACAUAAUAGCCAGUUUUUAAGUCCUUGAUGAACUAUGUAUUUUUUAAGGAGGCACAAAUUUAAUUGUAUAUUUUAAGAGAGCGUAGUGUUUAUAUGAAAUUAGGAAUUUAACUACAUUUAAAUGUGACGUAACUUAUUGUUUUUGUAUAGACAGAUAGA